UAGAUAAGAUAUCAUUGGUGGCCGAGCGGUAAAACACUGUCUCCACCCCAUUCAUCUUCCCCGCUUUCUCCCGUUCGAAUCCCGGCGACGUUCUUUUUUUUGUCUCGGUUCUUCCCUCGACACGUCAUCACUUUGCGCAUCCCAAGCCAAUGGCUCUGCCGGUGCGUUUCGUAGCAGCCGUUGCAUGCAGCAAAAGCCGUCCGUACUGCAUCCGCCAUGCUCGAAUUGGCCCGUAGCGGCCAGCCCUAGGGCGCCUACGCACACUCACACAUCCACCGGGUGCGCUUCCCAGUAGGCGCCUGCCUACCCUCGACUUACCCAUACCAACCUUCUCUCCUUCCUUCCUAUACACAACCUCUCCCCGUUUGUUAUCUAUCCACAACCAACAAUAACGCCAAACCAAACAAAGCAAAUUCGCGUUUCUGCAAGGUCAAGAGAAUUCAUCACUGCAACAAACAGAAAGAAAAAAAUAAAAAAAAAAAACUUCUUUGCUUGUUUACAGUGAGCAAUGACUGAACCAGUUCCUAUUGAAGACCAGUCCGUAUUGGAGAAAUUAAUCGGCAUCCGUCAGCAAUUGUCUGUGUUGAAGCAUGACCGUUCGCGCUACAUCGACAAGAACGAUGUUUUCAAAAUCUACCAUCAGCUUGUAGAACAGAUGAACGUCUUGCAGAGCAUCCGUAAGGAGCAGCCAGAACGCCACAACAGAGUUGAUUUCCUGCUGGAUGACUGUCUGCACUUGCUUUCUCUGUUCUAUCUGGCCAUUGGCCGGAACAACGACCUGCCUGCAUUCUUUGCCCAAUUGAGCAUUGUAAAGCGUCUUAUGGACUGCAGCAUGGAGGGCGCUGCAUACACGGAAAACGACACCAAGUUGGUCAAAGAGCGUUUGGAUAUCAUUCGCGAAGCCAUUGAAAAAGAAAGCUUCAAGGACGACAAGGACGUAGUCGUUGUCGAGUACCUGAAGCGCAAAUUCGAAGACUGCGAGGCCAAGUACGAGCAGGUUGUCAACAAAAUCAGUAUUCUGGCACCUGAACUAGUGCCGGUGCAGACCCAGCUUGUGUCCAUCAAGCGUCAAAUCGCCAGUUAUGCUGUACGUCCCGCCUCCGACCCAAACACGCUGGAACGCUGGGUGAAACAACUCAAGGAAAUUGAGGCAAAACACAACGAGGACGGUCAGUUCUGUGGUGCCGAUGGUGAACCGCUGGCCGGCCAAGAGCUGUGCAAUGGCUUGCUGGAAGAAUGCUUCAGCUUCAUCGAAGACAUCAAGUCCAAGCAAGGCCUGUCGGAAGAAAUGAAAUCGAGUCCCAAGCUCCAGGCCAUUUAUGAACGAUUGGAUGAACUUCUCACGAAACUAAAACACCUGACCUUGACACAUCGCUGGACGCUCCGGGAGACAGAUUUGUACCUGUACAAAGCGUCGCUGGCCGAAAUUGAUGCGACUCGUGUCGAUGGUCAGUUUGUCGAUGAAAACGGAAUUGCCCCCCCUGGACAACGAAUUUUGUUGUACCUGCUCAGACGCUGUUACGCCUACAUCUACCAAUUGAUGGCAGCUAGCGAACCCGUGUCCGAAGCCCUGCUUCCCGUUCACAAUCAGCUGCAAACGGUGAAGCGCUGCCUUCGCGAAGUUCAGCGCAGCGGAGGCAUUUAUUCCGAGCGUGACUUGUAUCCUUACCAGAUGAAAUUGGCUUCCCUGGAGAACCUUCGCGUGGGUGGAAAGUUCCUCGCCUCAGACGACUCUGUCCCCGAGGGUCAGGAACUUGUGAAUUCGCUGUUGGCACAAUGUCACCAAUUGAUUGAAGAGAUUCGUGAUGAAAUGCACCAACACGAUCUCGAGGAGCACGCAUCUGUGCAACACUAAAACACACUCCCUGUGCAAUUGCAUGGAGCACCAACCAAUACUUGCAUGCACUUCGUAAUGUACCGUUAUGCUUUGGGAGUUAGUAACCGUAGGUUGCUUUUAAAGCACAAGUAGCAAUUGUCUCGUAGACCUUGACAGCGUACAAACACCUCUAUAUGGCCCAGACAAACUGGCUCUACUCGCUCAAUUCGUGUCAAUUUGACUGCCCGCUAUUUCCCGUCUCGCAUCUUCAAUGAUAAUCGCUGCAAUUCGGUAAAGCGCUAUUGCACGACAGAGCGAGCCUUAGAGCAGUUAAGGAGGAAAUUUCGGUCGACAAACAACGGCCGGGUGUGGUUGGUAGGGCUGGCAGCCGUCGACAAGCUUUCCCAACCGCGCUGUAGUAAUCCUCUCCCCGACGAAACUUGUGUC